GACUGGGCUCACAGCAGACUCUUGAGGCGCAGAGACUGACCAAAGCGGGUUCUGUAAUGUAGGAGGAGCUUAGGGCGGAAGCCGGAAACAAGGGGCGGAUUUAGGGAGAGAUUAGUGUUUAUAGGACGGGGCUGGGCCGGAAAGCGACGGUGUAGGUGGGGCUUAGGGCACGUUGCGCAAGCGCACGGCGCACCCCGCGGGCUGCGUAGUUACUUUUGAACCGGGUGGCGGGGAAAAGCUGAAGGAGCUGAGCCAUAAGGCGGCCGUGUUCGUGUAGCUGACAACGUUCUCCGUUAGGGCCUAGCAAUGGCACAGCAGCUCGCCCGGGAGCAAGGCAUCACCCUGCGCGGGAGCGCGGAGAUCGUGGCCGAAUUUUUCUCAUUUGGCAUCAACAGCAUUUUGUAUCAGCGUGGCAUAUAUCCGUCGGAAACCUUUACUCGAGUGCAGAAGUAUGGACUCACCCUGCUUGUAACUACUGACCCCGAGCUCAUAAAGUAUCUCAAUAAUGUGGUGGAGCAGCUGAAAGAUUGGCUCUACAAGUGCUCAGUCCAGAAACUGGUGGUGGUCAUCUCCAAUAUUGAAAGUGGAGAGGUCCUUGAAAGAUGGCAGUUUGAUAUUGAGUGUGACAAAACUGCAAAAGAAGAUGGUGUUUGUAGAGAAAAGUCACAGAAAGCCAUCCAGGAUGAAAUCCGUUCAGUCAUCAGGCAGAUCACAGCUACUGUGACUUUUUUGCCACUGCUGGAAGUUUCUUGUUCAUUUGAUCUACUGAUUUACACGGACAAAGAUUUAGUUGUACCUGAAAAAUGGGAGGAAUCAGGACCCCAGUUCAUUACCAAUUCUGAAGAAGUCCGUCUACGCUCAUUCACUACCACAAUCCACAAAGUGAACAGUAUGGUGGCCUACAAAAUCCCUGUCACUGACUGAAGAGAAGGUAAAGAAAGCCAGGAUCCUUGUUUGAUAAACGUUCCUCGUUGUUCCAUUUCUUGGCUUCCUCCUGGAAUUGCCAUAAAGUCAGCAUAACAAGACUGCUGCACAUUAAGGCAAACCGACCGAUCUUUGUCAACAUUGUGGAGUGGAGUCCUUUAAAAGUGGUCAUUGUAGAUAGGAAUUCUUUUGUUAGAAAGCUAAAUGAAUCCCUAACCAUUUAGCUCAGGAAUCUUGACCAGGAAAUAGAGAAGCAUAUAAUGUAAAUACAGCAGAAGGAACUGAGGCUUUGUUUAGUUCUGAGAGUCAUGAAUACUGCCUUACUGGGUCCUUUUGUCAUUUCUCUUUGUAUAUAGACCCCAUAUUGAAAUACAUGCUAAUUCAUUGAUUUUAGUGUAUAUACCAUGAACUCACAAAGCAAUUGAUGCUGAUUAGUUUCUGUAAUAAAGAACUCUUGUCUUUAAUGUUUUAUAA